UGGUAGUGAGGAUAUACAUCAGCUAGAGACCCCCUACACAGAUACAUCCCAGCUGCGUGUCACUAACAUGGUGUAUAAAGCUGUUUACGCCAUAGCACACGCCAUCCACAGCAUCGUUUGUGAAGAGAGAGCAAACUCCACUGUGCACUGUGACAAAAACCUCAAUGUGAAACCAACACAGGUCCUGGAGAGAUUGAGGAGGGUGAACUUCUCCCGUAACGGGUACCAGGUGUCUUUCGAUGCCAACGGGGACCCAGUGGCCACCUAUGAGCUGGUCAACUGGCAGAUAGGGGAGAGUGGGAAGAUGAAAUUUGUGACAGUGGGGCGCUAUGAUGCAUCCCGGAAACCGGUAGCCACCUUCGCCCCCAGCCCUUCCAAGCCGAACCAGAGCCGGUCGCGGCGCACCACCGACGGAGGAAAUGCGCCCGGCGGGGGCCGAGCCCGACCGGGGGUCGGUCCCACGAGGGGAUCCGACCACACCGGAACGGCCGACCCUGACCCGCCGGGUUGA